CAAUAAUCACAGUACUUUUAUCCUUCUCGGUACAUAUUAUUAUACCUCACAGCGGUUCUGGUACAUUUCCCAUAUCCCGAUAUCGUUGACCAACGGUUUUUGAUAAUUCGCUAAGAGGUCACAUAAUCACUAUACCGCGGUCGAUCUCGGAGCGAGAAUGUUGUGUGCUUUAUUGUGUGUUUUGCUGUGCUCGUGUGUCUGUGAGUGCCGGCCUAAUAUUGUAUUCAUUUUAGCUGAUGAUUUCGGUUGGAAUGACGUAGGUUUCCAUGGCUCAAACGAGAUUCCGACACCAAACAUCGACGCCCUGUUUGCGUCUGGUCUCUCUCUGCACAACUACUAUGUUACCCCGAUCUGCACGCCGUCCAGAGCUGCGCUUAUGACCGGGAAAUAUCCAAUUCAUACUGGAAUGCAACAUGGCGUUAUCUAUGGUAUGGAGCCUCGGGGUCUUCCGCUUUCAGAGACAAUUCUACCUCAGCACUUGAGAACUUUGGGUUACAAGAACCACUUGGUUGGCAAGUGGCAUCUUGGUAGUUACAAAAGGGAAUAUUUACCGUUGAAUAGAGGAUUUGACAGUCACUUAGGUUUCUGGACAGGAAAAAUAGAUAUGUAUGAUCACACUAAUCAGGAAAAAGGAGUAUGGGGAUUUGAUUUUAGACGAGGUUUUGCGGUAGCUCAUGAUUUGUUUGGAAAAUACGCAACAGACGUCUACACAAAUGAGGCACUUAGGAUAAUAGCGAACCACAACAAGAAUGAGCCAUUGUUCUUAAUGAUAGCUCACUCAGCAGUACACACUGGCAACCCUUACGAGCCCAUCCGAGCUCCUGAAGGACUCAUAGCUAACUUCAGCUAUAUAGAAGAUCCACAGAGGAGAAAAUACGCAGCUGUGGUAUCAAAACUUGACGAGUCAGUUGGCAGAGUGGUUCAAUCUCUACAAGCACACGGGAUGCUCAAUGACAGUAUUAUUAUAUUCAGUACGGAUAACGGCGGGCCAGCGGCUGGCUUCAAUCAAAACGCGGCUUCGAAUUACCCGCUAAGAGGUGUGAAAAAUACCCUCUGGGAGGGUGGAGUACGAGGCGCGGGAGUACUGUGGAGUCCCUUGCUUAGUGCGAUACCGCGGGUUGCCUCGCAACCGUUGCAUAUAUCCGACUGGCUGCCUACACUGUUUAGUGCUGCUGGUGGCAAUGUUAGUUCCUUAGGUGGAAUAGAUGGAGUGGAUCAAUGGCUAGCCUUGUCCAAGGAUUUGAAAUCAGAGAGAACUACAAUACUACAUAACAUAGACGACCACUUUGGCAGUGCGUCUAUCACGGUCGAUCAGUGGAAAUUACAUAAAGGAACCACCUAUAACGGAGCGUGGGACUACUGGUACGGGCCGAGCGGUCGGAACGGUAGUUAUGAUGUAGACUUGGUGUUGGAUGGCCUCGCUGGGCAAGCAAUAGCUCAGUUGGGCUUGAUGCCUAGCAAGGAGAAGAUCUUGGAACUGAGACAAGGCUCAACUGUGGUAUGUAAACCGAUAGAGCCCAUCCCCUGCAAGCCGCUAGAAGCUCCCUGCCUCUUCAAUAUUGUGGAGGAUCCGUGUGAAGUGAGAAAUCUCGCUGAUAUCGAAAUCGACACGUUACAUCGUCUACUAGGCGAGUUACACGCAUUCAACAGAACAGCAGUCCCACCGAACAACGCACCGAUCGACGCACACGCAGACCCGCGGCUUUGGAGCCACGUGUUCACUAACUUUGGCGAUUAUAGCCAUGUUCAUGUUUGUUAGUUUAUUUAUUGGGUCCUCUUCACAGUGCGUUGCGAUUAGAGGCAAUCACGAUAGUGUAGAGGGCCUAAAUGUCUAUGAUCGGCUGUCAUUGUAGGUAUUUAUUCAUAAUCGUCGUACUGGCGGCAAACAUCGACGAUCAUUUGUUGGGCCAACGCUCUCGAUUGUGAAGAGGGCCCAUUAUAUAAAAUCUCUUUUUGUAUAGCUACUGAUUAUAGCCGUGUUCAUGUCUGCUGGUUAA